GGGGAGGGUAGAGGUUGUUGUUGGGAUUUCCCGGAAGGAAGGAAUAAAGAAAGGACGGCUCGAAGGGUCCUGCUGUUGGUCUGCUGGUGGUUUGGUGGUGGGCGCCGACGGCAGGAGUCCCCCUCCGUCCGGCCACGCAGGGCGAGGCAGUAUGCAGAGCGUCAUCAACACCGUGAAAGGGAAAGCGCUGGAGGUGGCCGAGUACCUGACGCCGGUGCUGAAGGAAUCAAAGUUUAAAGAAACUGGGGUUAUCACUCCUGAAGAGUUUGUGGCAGCUGGAGACCAUUUAGUUCACCACUGUCCUACUUGGCAAUGGGCUACAGGAGAAGAAUUAAAGGUCAAGGCUUAUCUCCCAGCAGAUAAACAGUUUUUGGUCACUAAAAAUGUGCCAUGCUACAAGCGGUGUAAACAGAUGGAAUAUUCAGAUGAACUGGAAGCAAUUAUAGAAGAAGAUGAUGGAGAUGGAGGAUGGGUGGACACUUUUCACAAUGCGGGCAUUACAGGAGUGACAGAAUCUAUUAAGGAGAUCACGGUGGAGAGCAAGGACAGUACAAAGUUAGCAGAACAUACAGGUUCUUGUGAAGAUGAUGAUGAUGAUGAGGGAGAGGCAGCAGAUAUGGAAGAAUAUGAAGAGAGUGGACUGCUGGAGAUAGAUGAUGCAACGUUGGAUACAAGAAAAAUAGUGGAAGCUGCCAAGGCUAAAGCUGAAGUUGGAGGUGGAGAAGAAGCUAUUCUACAGACAAGGACAUAUGACCUUUACAUCACAUAUGACAAAUACUACCAAACACCAAGGCUUUGGUUAUUUGGCUAUGACGAGCAACGGCAGCCAUUAACUGUAGAGCAUAUGUAUGAAGAUAUUAGUCAAGAUCAUGUUAAAAAGACUGUGACAAUUGAAAACCAUCCCCAUCUUCCUCCACCUCCAAUGUGCUCAGUUCAUCCAUGCAGGCAUGCAGAAGUGAUGAAGAAAAUAAUUGAAACUGUGGCAGAAGGUGGGGGAGAACUUGGAGUGCAUAUUGAUGAGCUGGGCCGACUCAGCUAAGGUAGGCCUCUUGCUGGGUUGUGCAGAUGGAGCGCUGACAAUGUCCACCUGGUCAUUCUCUGCUCGAGGAACAGGCAUGUGUUCCAGGCAGCCUGUCUUGUACCCCUAAGCUGUCCUAAUGCUCUCAAAUGAAGAAGAGAAUGCUUCCCAUCGUCAGUGUUGAAGCAAGAUUUGGCUGCAUCAGUCCACUUGCUUUCCGUGGCUGAAAGGUGCUGCAGGCAGCAAAAUGUCUUUGGCUGGCCCUGAUGGUUAGCAAGUGACUUUUAAUAAAUUAUUGUUUAACUGUAAGCCUAUUGUUGGAAAAAGCCAAUACAGAAUUAGACUGUAUUAACACAUAGACUUUUAGCUUUGUGUCCUUACAAUGUUUGUUUCCAUUUUGGUCAAUAUUGCAUGAAUCUACAGCCAUGAGAGGGUCAUACCCUUCAAGAAAGAGCUUUUGUUUUAUUUUUAUUCAUUCAAAAAUAGACUUAUUUAUUAAACACGUUAAACAAUUUCUA